AUGAACUCCUUGAAUUUCUGCGGGACAUCCAGAAGUGGAGUGUUUCCUCUCCACGGCGCCAGCUCCAUGUUGUUCGACCUGCACCAGCAGAUGGCGGAGCAGUACCACGUCUACUCUGCAGCAGGGCCCGCGGUGCACACCCUGUCUGUGGCGGAGCGGCUGGCAGAGCUGAUCCUGGAGGCUCGCUAUGGGAACCAGCAGAAGCAGCGUCGCAGCCGCACAGCGUUCACCGUGUCCCAGCUGCAGGCUCUGGAGAAAGCCUUCCAGCAGACACAGUACCCAGACGUGGGCAUGAGAGAGAGGCUGGCUGUUUGCAUCAACCUGCCCGAGGCUCGUAUUCAGGUGUGGUUCAAGAACAGGAGGGCCAAGUUUCGUAAAGAUCAGAAGUGCUCGUCGCUCUCCAGGGACAACCACGGUCUGGAGGAGACCCCCCACCACAGGAAGUUGGGUCAGGAGGAAGUGAGGCCUGAAGACAAACAGGAAGUCAUCACAUCAUACACUGACAGCCACAGCCCUCCUCCUCCUCCUCCUCCUCCUCCUCCUCCUCGUCCUCCUCCACGUGUCCGGGAUGUUCACCCCCCUCUCACCCAUUCAGACUCUGAUAUCUCACAGUGCCCCCUCCGACUACACUCCCCUCCACUGUUCCCUUACAUGACGGGGGAGCACUACGGCCUCCCACGUCACCAGCCGCAUGUUGGAGUGCUGUCCUCCGACCUCGCCCUCCCCCCGGUGUUCUGGCCCAUCAUACAACAGCACAGCUCGGCCCUGGGGGUGCCCCCGUCAUCACUAACUAAAAACUGUAGCCUGUCCCUUCAGACUGCUUGUUCCAGAAAAGCUAUACCUCAUCCUCACCUGGGGCUGUAAGGGAUGCGGACGUAUACAGGCAGAUGUUUUCUCUUCUCAUGGGACACCUGAAGAAAUCCAGUGUGGGAGACAAGAUGGAGAAGCCCCUUUCUGCCUUGUUCAUGUAAACCGGACCACAGACAGAGCAGAGAAUAUGAUUUCUUAUUUAGAUUUUUUUCAUUGAAUGCCUGUCUGUGUAAAGCAAAGUAAAAGCUACAGUCUACAUAGUCUCAGACGUGAGUUUAGCAGCCAAUCUAAUCUGGGUUCUGCUUUAAACAACAUGUACACUUUGGUUGAGGUUGGCCUGUUGUUGUUUAUUCCAUCACAGACAAUAAGCAGCGUAAGGACCACAUCUAAAGAUAUUCCCUGUCUCCUUCAGCGUUAUUCAACUGGCUACAACGCCAAAAGUAAUAUUGAGAAAAGCCCCUUAUUCUAACAAAGCACUGUAAAAUACAAAUGUGUAAUAAAA